CGAGAUCUCCGCGGCCAUGGUCGGUUCGCGACAAAACCUGGCAGGACCCGCUACUACGCUGAGUGGCCCUCCGCAUUUUCCUAUUGACACCUUGGAAAGGAGCUUGAAAAAUGCAACGGAAUUGCUUUACAGAGCGAGAGCCCACCAAAGGGAGACCGUCUCUGCUACCACAGGACCGAGCUCCUUCCCAAUACAGGACGAGAUAGGCCUUUAUGUUCGACACGAAAAGCAAGCAUCGGCCAGAAAUGUAAACGAAGUGGAUGCUCGGCGUAUGCAGACCCACACGAAUUCGCCUUCGGUGAGAGUUGUAACAGAAUUGAUAGGCCAAACUCCUCAAGCUUCCAAAAUAAGCAACAAGGAGGUGGGGGCCUCAUCCCUUUUGCAAGCUUCCAUAGAGCAGUUUCGGAAGCACCUCAGCGAGCAGGUAGUACUUACGGACGACACCAUUCGUUCUGAUAAAGAGAGUGUUCAGGAACACGAUACGUCACAGUCGGCUGAUCCGGAUACAAUCCCGCAGUCAGCACCCACGGACGACAUCAUACGUUCUGAGAAAGAGCGUGUGCAGGAACACGAUACGUCACAGUCGGCUCAUCCCGAUACAAUCCCGCAGUCAGCAGACGUGUUAAUAUCAACAAUACCAUCGUUUAACUGGAAGGACGCACUUGUGUUAAUGAAUGAAUUAAAAGUGCAACUUGGUGCCCUCAAUCAUGAUUUCAGGGAGUUUCUUAAUGGGAUUCGUAUGUCAGACCACAAUUUGGAUCCGCCUCCAGAGAUGGGCACGGGUGCAAAAAGGGAGAAGCAAAGCACAGUCGUAAGCGCUGCAGAAUCACGCAAAAUGCACUUGUUGGAGCGUAUCGAGGAUGCUCUGCAUGAUUUUGCUCAGAUGAAGACGAGAAUGGGUUGGUCACAACUGGACGAUGUCGCUGCAACGAGAGCGUCAGGCCAAGAGAGUGUUCAGGAACCUGAUACGUCACAUUCGGCUCAUCCCGAUACAAUACCGCAGUCAGCAGACGUGCCAGUAUCAACAAUACCAUCGUCAAACUGGAAGGAUGCACUCGUGUUAAUGAACGAAUUAAAAAUGCAACUCGGUGCCCUCCAUCGGGAUUUCAGAGAGUUUCUAAAUGGGACUCAUAUAUCAGACCACAAUUUGGAUCCGCCUCCAGAGAUGGGCACGGGUGCGAAGCAAAACACGGUAACAAGCCAACCCGGUGUUGCGGCAUCACACAAAACGCAGUUUUUGGAGCGUAUCGAGGAUGCUCUGUACGAUUUUGCUCAGAUGAAGAGAAGAAUGGGUUGGUCACCAUUGGACGAUGUCGCUGCAACGAGAGCGUCAGGCAAGCAAGUCGUAAGACCAUCGUCGGAUAGCUCCCCUACAUCAGAUUUGCUAGCUGACCAACAAGACCUUGAAGCAAAUGGAAAGAGUAAACGCAUGCACACUUCUGUCGCUUUUGGUGAGAACUCUUCCAGCAAGCGUUUGAGAGCAUCUCCGACACAGACCUUCUCCUACUCUGGUGUUACAAAAGCUCUUCGUGAAAUUCGUGAGAAAACGAGCCUUGUGAUGGGGAAUAUGGUCGAGUCGGAAGUGUCUAGCACAUCACUGCGGCCAACUUACUUCAAUUUUUCGGACCUCUUGGAUGAAGAUAGUUUUUCAGACGUGUUCAAUCAUGACCGCAUCAAAGCGGUGGUGACACGGAAAAUCGAGGAGCUUGCCAUUCCUGAGUUGUCUGGAGCAGGCCGUUCUAGACAAAUUCUGUCAGAAACAUAUCCCCGUCCGAUGGUAAACGUCCCCAUUCUUCAGCCGAAACAUCGGCAGCCCACAAACGUCAAAAUAUUUGAUAAAACUGCGAACAGGAAGACUUCAGCACCAGUCAAACGCCCCUUAUAUGAGCCGACUAAACCUCGUACCAAGACUCAAGAAAACGUAGUACUUCGAGCUAGAAAAAACGAGGGCAAAUUAAGGCCUGCACAAGAGAACUUGCCACCGAAACGGUCGCUGGUUUCGUUCCCUCCAUCUCAACGGGAAAUGGCAUCUACUUCAGACCCAGCUUUCUCCGGUAACAAGCGCGUAGUUACCCCGCAAGACAUCACCACCGGACGAGAAAUACUCGCUCGACAUGGCUCCGCGCAACGGCCACUGAACUUGCUCAAUGUGAGAGUACCCAAUUCGCCCGUCUUUUUACGACCUACGUCCAUUCGUCCACCGAAUGCGGCAUUUACUGCGAAAUCGCGUGAAAUGACGCCGCCCCGCCCAUCUCAACCUACCGUAUUGAAACAGUCGGCCCCUCAAAUAACCCCGAUAAAUUUCCCAUCAAUUUCGGAAAUAAAUGGCAUGAGCAACUUUUGUUCAAUCUCCCACCCUCCUCCCACUAAUCAUUGUGAUUUGACAGUUGACGAUGACCUAGCCGGUAGGAGUCCUUCGGGCGUGGAACUCUCUCACUCGCGGUCUCCAUCGAUCGUGAGUCCGAAGAAAACUAUCGGCGUUCAGUAUGUCACUCCACCCAAGGAUGUCUCAAUUCAGUAUCAAACUCCGGAAGGAACGAGUCCAUCUUCAAGUCUGAUGAAUGUGCGUAUGCCUACGGUAGCAGAGACCCGGCGAGCGAUGCGCAAGAUCGUGAAAGAGGAGCUAACCCAUAGGAAAGAGGAAGCCUUGCGCGGUUACAGAUCUGCCGCUACUAGUCCUCCGCCGUCCGGGCGUCUGGGAACAUUUGAACAGAAGCUUGCAGAGUGGGUCCAAGCGGAGGUGCUAACCUUAGCAGCCAAACCAAUACCAGCCAGGCCAUUACCAUCGCGACAAGAUGCCCAGACAAUGGCCGAAUUGCAGCAACCAGCGAGCCUUCCGAAUACUCUUUACGCUGCAGAGAAGAUAGCAGACAAGAUUCUGCAGGAAGUCAUCUCCGCAGAGGGACGGAACGUUGCAUUUCAAACGGUUAUUGAUGUCAUGGAAAGUCGUGUCACCGCGGCGACGCAACAACAGUUAAAACAGCAGCAGCAACAACAACAAGAUUCCAAAGCCGAAGGAAAUCGUGAUUCAUUAACUCCCCGAAACACAGAGAGUUCCGAGUCUCUGGCGGUUCUUAAUGAGCUGAAGCUGCUCAGGAAAGCAGCAGAAGAGGACAAAAGGAACUCCAUAAACGAGGACGAGCAAUGGCGACGCCAACAAGAAGAGCGACUUCGGGCUAUGGAGCAGCAGAUCAACAAGGUGCAGGCCUCACCUAUCCGACGGCGUGAUCGUGUGGAGAGUGCCCCAUUGCUAUUACCCAGUGUUCCAAAGGUGCAGGUACACGUGCCUGCCGCUCACGAAGUACGCAAAAUGGACGAAGCUUAUAGCAGGGCCAAGCUGGAAGCAGAGGAGGAGCGCAGGAAACGCAGAAUGGAAACAGAGGAACACCGGAGAAGACGCAGAUUGGAAGAGGAAGAGGAGAGGAUAAAAUUGGAACAGUUACGACAGGAGCGGCGAGCUGACGAGGCCCGGAAAGAGCUCGACAGACGUAAGCGGCAACUGGAGGAAGAAGAGCGCCUGCACGAAGAGAAACUGCUUGAAAUAGAUCGACUACAUCGUGAGAAACUGCAAGAAAUGGAGCGUAUUGCAGAAGCAGAGCGUAAGAAAAGAGAACAAGAUCUAGAAGACAGACUGCAUCGUGAGAAGUUGGACGCCAUUGAACGUAGCGCCGAAGAGAAUCGCAAGAAAUUGGAAAGAGUAUUGGAAGAAAAGCUCUCACAGGAGCGAAAGGAACAGGAAGAAAAAAGAGCUGCAGAGGAAGAGGAAAGACGGCGGGGGGUGCAGUUCGACGAAUUGAGACUUAAGGCUUUUUUGGAUAAUGAAGAGCAAAAGCGAAAUUGGCCAGAAGGAGAAAUCGUGCAACGAGUGAAUCUGGCUGCGGAAGAGGCUCUGAGGAAGAUAAAGUUAGAAAAGGAAGAUUUUCAGCGAAGGCAAAAGCUUGCUAUCGAAGAGACUGAGAGGAAGCGAAAGUUAGAAGAAGAAGAAGAAUUCCAACGAAGGCAACAGUUCGCUAGGGAAGAGGCCGAAAGGAAACAGAAACUUGAGGAAGAGCAGCAACCGCUCAAUGAAGAACGAAAAUUGCUACAGCAAGCGCUCCAUGAGUCUGCUAACAACAUGCAACGUGGUGAGGAAAAAGUAGGGCAAAAUACCGAACCUGCUGGGAGCGGUGUAGAAAGACAGGAAAUCACGAAGGCAGAGCAAUCAACCAAAGCCGUGCAGACGUUUGGUUUUCAGGAAGAUAUAGCCACGUCCAAACGACCGACGCAACGUCAACAAUUGCAUCCCGUCGAGUCCUCCCGAAAGGAAAUUGCCGUUGUGGCAUCUAGCGAUACCAGCUCUGUCGGGCUUACCACACUUUCACUGAUGUUGUCUGAAGGAGAAGUCCGUACUCAGCUUUUCAGUGAAGGGGAAGUCGCACAUCCGAUUUCUCAAAGGUUCUUUCGAACAGCGAGGGCGCUCUCCGGUGACGAAGAAUCAGAGGGUUCAUCCACAUCCCGGGACGCUCUCAGCUUUGUAAGCCUGCCAGGCCAGAUCCCGCCUAUUCCCAUCUCGAUGAGGAGCACUCGCAUCCAGGAGGGUCACAACAUGGAACCACGUCGCCUUCCAAACCAACGAUUUAAUCGGGAUGGUGACAUAUCUUCGGGUGAACUCACCCAGUCCUUGCAAUCUGAUUUGGUACCUAACCCAGCUGCAAUCGAAGUAUUGUCCUAUCCGCGAACCCUACCACAAGGGAGAGAAAAAAGCAUCCAAGUCUCCGAUGGUGAACUGAGCGCUUCGGAAGGCGAGCUCCAGUCACAGACAGAUAGGUGGGAGCCACGGAGCGUCAUGUCAAAGGGUGAAAUCGGGGCUACAGAUGCUGUGGAAACACUUCAUACAUCUUUCGGGGAGAAUCUCCCCAGCAGAAAGUCCGUCUCCUUAAUCAGAGAUGUGCCAAGCGGAGGUGAUCAGAGCACAUCGGACGUCGAUUAUGGAAGUCCAGCGGUGUCGCACACCGACAUACAAGGAUACAGACGGUCAAAACUACCCGUUCCCGCAACAUCACCGGCUACAAAAUUGAGAAAAUGAACAUCGUCCUGAAUCAUCUUUGUACAUAUUAUGCGAGCUCAAUUAAGCCCGUAAUGCUUAAGCUAUUUGUACAGUGAAAUGUGCCUAUCUACAUGUUAAAUACGGAAUCACACACUGUCCGGUCAUGAAA